AUGGCGCAGGUGGACUUGUUCUUCUCACAUCUUCCGCCAGUGACGAGGUUUUACUUGUUCUGCUCAACAGCGCUGAUGCUGCUGUGCACCUUGGAGAUCGUGUCUCCGUUCUCGCUGUACAUCAACUACAACCUCGUCCUGCAGCGAGGCCAAGUCUGGCGGAUUUUCUCCUGCUUCCUCUUCUUCGGGACCUUCUCUCUCCACUUCUUCUGGAACGUUUACGUCUUGAUCUUCUACUGCGCAACUCUAGAGGAACACCAAAGGAGCGCGACCUUCCUCUGGAUGCUUCUGACGACCGGCGCUCUGCUGCUUGGACUGUCGCAUAUCUUUGGCGUCGGUUCGUACUUUUUCAGCGGAUCGAUGAUCAACGUCAUGACCUACAUUUGGGGUCGACGGAAUCCGAGUACGCGUUUGUCGGUGUUCUUCAUCUCCGUCAGCGCGCCGUACCUGCCGUUCGUUCUCGCGCUGAUGUCUGUCCUCGUCGGGUGGAACAUGGCAGACCAUGUGAUUGGGAUCCUGGUGGGGCAUGUCUACUACUUCUUCGAAGACAUUUAUCCUCUCCUGCCGACCAGCAAAGGCCGCCGCAUCUUCAGAACUCCCCGCCUGCUGCUCUGGAUCUUCCGAGAGAAUGCGGACUGA